GCGGCCUCUAGACAACUGCGCAGUGGAGUCAUGCUGUAGCCAUGGAAGAGCCACCAGUGCUUUGUUUGGCCAUCGUGGGACGUGAUGGCGGUCUUCUGUUCUUUCGCAGCUUCCGAAGAUCCGUCCCUCCUGACGCAGAUGACCUGGAGCCCAAAGCCAAGCCAUGUGUGAUGCUUCCUUCAGGCUCCAGCUCCUUCUGCAUUCGUCGCUGGAUCAAGUAGAGGCGCAGUUACAACAUGUAGCGCAGGCACUUCAAAAAGGAGAGGCCAAAAGCUUUGAUCCUUACUUGGGCAUUCUCUCGCCGGCCCUUUUCGAUGCCGAGGACUGUAACAUAUAUGGAUAUGUUGCAGCGACACGUAUCAAGGUGUUGGCCAUUGUACGGGACGGGGCAUGCCAAAAGAGGCGAGAUGAAGAAGCUAUCCUUCGGUCGAUGUUGAGGCAACUGAACUUGCUCUACAUCGAUGCAGCGACCAACCCAUUCUACAAUGGACUUGGAAAGGCAUUUGCCAGCAGCGUGAUGCGGAUUGUCGAACAGCAUGCAUCAGCCUUUGGUUAGAAAA